CGCCGGCGAGCCCCCUCCUCCAAAACCAAAAAAAAAAGGCAAAAGGAAGAACCCAGAAGCCCGGUGAAAUGGAGAGGUGUCAGAAAAGAGGAAAUAGCUGGGGGAGAGAGAGCUGAGAAAUCACGUGACCGAUGGUGAGCCGACUUUGUGCCGCCGAGCGGGCGGAGCGGAGGACUCGGUGGUCUCCGGUGAGGCCCCGGUGCUGGGCGACCCCCGGGGGGGCUCGGAAGACCCUCCCCAUGUUUCGGCUCCUCCUCUGGCCGGCCCUGCUGGGGUCCGCAGCCCCCGAGGCCCCGCAGAGUCAUCUCCUGUGCACCUCGCCGGACAUGUCCAUCUCCUACACCUUCUGCGGUGGCAUCCCUCACACGCUCUCCCUUCGAGUCAAAAACUGUCUGACUAAAGACUACACUAAGGACGUCUUGUACCUUUUCUUCGUCCCCAGGAGGGACGUUACGGAGUUGAGCGUGGCUAUCCAGGUGUGGUUGAACUCCGUCCAGGUGGCCAAAUUCACGGAGCGCCUGUGCCGCGGAUUUGACGACGAAUACUCCUUCUGCGGAGUCCUGAAGGGAGAGACCAUCAACGUGACCGUGCCGUUCUCCUACCGGAAAUUCGUUUUUCCCCAGGGGCGGUACACCAUCCUUUUCGAGGGUAAGUCCGGCAGAUCCGACGAUCUGAUCUUCUGCGUCAACGCCACCGUGAUCCUCACGUGAUCCGCGCCGCGCUCUCUUAGGAGAAAUCGAUGCUCUAUUUCUUCGCGCGACGGUCGCGGCGAAAAACCCCCCCGCCGAGUUUCAGACUUCUCCUCCGCCGAAAGAAGCGUCGGCCCGACCCAGAAGAGGUCGUUUCUCAAGGUUUCCGUCGGUGGAGAUUCCCCAUUUGUAUCUAAUCCUCCCCUUGCAGCAAUUCUCCAUUUCCAUUCACGUCUUUAACCCCCCGGAUGUUUCCCGUGAAACUCACGGGCGGAGGAUUUUGAAUUCGCUUUCUUUUAACAGGCCCGUCCUUUUGACUUCUCCUUAACGGUGUUUGUUCGGCUGGGGUAGAGCCGAGCUAAUCGGACGGGACACCGUCCCCGUCCCCCGUGGGGCGCCCGGUUUUCAUCCCCAUCUUACGGAUGAGGGAACUGAGGCCCAGGGAAGCAGAGCGACUCGCUCAGGGUCACGCAGCCGACGAGAGCCGGAGCCGGGAUUAGAACCCGGGGCCUCCCGACUCCCAGGACCGCGUCCUAGCCGCUCGACCUCUCAUUCCUUCCGUAUCGUUUCUCCUCAGGAGCAGGGAUCGCGUCAGCUCGUUCUGUUGUGCUCUCCCAAGUGUUCGGUACGGCGCUCUGCACGCGGUAGGCGCUCAGUAAAUACGAUUGAAUUGAA